GAAAGGGCUUGUAGGAAUAACUCAUGCAGCGAAGAACUUCGUAGAGAAUUUGGUUCAAUGGAACAAGUUACAGCAAACAGCAAAUAGCGUUUCAACAAUAGCACAUAAAACAAAACAAAAUGUCUAGGCGCAUAAAAGCAACUAAAAGAACAACUACAACGACAGCAUGUAAACUUAUUUCGCCAAGAAAAUACGACUUCUACCCAAAACAGCACAAAAGUCCUGACAGAAAAGAGGAAAUGGCACGAGCACACAACGAGGCUUCCCGAUUGCAGAGAACCAACGUUAGCGGAACUAUAAGACGAUGCGAACUCACACGCAUAGACAGAGUCGUGCAAGGAACUCCGUGCCGGUCGGAUGCUCAACAAAUUGGCCGAACUUAUAUAAUUUUAUGAUGUGCACCACGCGACGCUACGUAAAAUUCAUUUCAGCAUUUCGGUUGUACAUUUCAUUAAUUGUUCUUUUCUUUUGUGAAUGGAAUUUAAGGAAGCAAAUUGUGUCAUUAGGGAUUUGAAUGAAAAAUUCCAACUGUGAAAACGUAGAUAAGCGGCAUGGCUGCGUACAAAUGAAAUUAAUUUACAAUUCAACGCGGACAAUACGUGAACUGUUGGUGAAAGUGGGAGAGAAUUGCAGUGAUUUGCAAAAACAUUCAUGUCGUAAAUCCAAAUGCAACAUCAGUACUACUAUAUUACAGCAUUCGAAGAGAUACUGUGAAGAUAUGUUAAUACACUACGUAUCUAGACUAAUUCAGUACUAUCAGCUCCAACUGUUAAACAGCGGUAUGAACUAAAACAAAACUUCUGUGAACCUCUUAAAACUCUACAGGUAAAUGCUACUUACAUCAAACCAAACUAAAUAUAUAACAAAGGAAAAUAUAUCAGAAAUUUUUUCGAGGCAUACUAUUUCAUCAACUUGUGGCGCUUACUUCAGUCCAAUUGUUUCUGAAGUGUUUUAUGUCAACCGCUUCAAAAAGAAUAAGAAAUUAUUGCACUACUCGUAUUUUCCAUACUGUGACCGUACAGUUACGGUAACAGCCACCAAAUAUUUAUAUUAUAUAGUGGAAGCAGUACGAAUUAAACAGUUCAACAUAAGCGACUGAUUCCGCAUAAUAUUAAGAAAGUCAAGUUAUUCUCAUGGCAGCAAGCAAUAGGACUAGCCGUUAAUUUAGAUUACAAUGUUGCGCGAUAUCUUUUUAUACUUGGUUUUAAUCAUUCUGUUUUGCUUUAUUUUUAUGGCACAAUUAAUCGUUAAUGUUUACGCGUUCCAGCGUCAACCGACGGUACAAAAGCCAGAUCGCAGUGACAUAAUUUUUGUGUAGCGGAACAGCGGAACACAAAUAUGCCUCUUCGUAUACUUAAACCUCUGAACGGAAUCAAAAGAUGGAUAGUUCCAUAUAACAACUUUUUCAAGGUUGAUCAGAUCGUUAUAAAAAGCAUCUGCUUUGAACGACCGAAGCAAUCGCAUCAAAAACAAAACAGGAACUGUGCGCAAAUAGGCAAGAAAAUGUUGGAUCAAAUUAUAAAUAAACUAUUAAGAAUACAAAAAAAGUAAUAUAAUAUAUGCUGUUUUUAUGAA